AUGGAUACUUCGGGCUUCAACAGCGAUUUUACCGAGUCACCCUCCAAAGCGGAACAACGGCAACAGGAGCAAGCUCAAAUCCGCGAAUUCUUGGCGAAUCAGCCUCCGGCUGGCCCAUCGUCUUCGGAGGAUGAGGUUGAGACAGAAGAUCGCACUUUCGAGCGCCAGUUAGAUGUUCAACGCGACCAUGGUAGUUAUACUGUUUGCCCUGUUGUUGACCUUGAAAGCGCCCGAAAAGCAGCCGAGGUGAUGGCCCUGCGGGCGGAGAUCGAAGCUAUUUUUGCGUCCAUCAAGACCGAAGCCGAAGAACACCUGGCGUUGAAGAAGGAGCUUCUUCUCGAGCUCGGCGAGACAGCAUCCAAGUGUAUGGACGAGCGAGAUAAGGCUAGAAAAACCAUUAGUUCG